AUGAGUGAGAAAGAAACAAAUUACGUGGAAAAUCUCCUUACGCAAUUAGAAAAUGAACUUAAUGAAGAUAACUUGCCUGAAGAUAUCAACACACUAUUAAGGAAAUGUUCUUUGAAUCUUGUGACUGUUGUCUCCCUUCCAGAUAUGGAUGUUAAACCACUACUGGCUACGAUCAAGCGUUUUCUGACGUCUAACGUAUCCUAUGAUUCAUUGAAUUACGAUUACCUUUUGGACGUUGUGGACAAGCUUGUUCCCAUGGCUGAUUUUGACGAUGUUCUAGAAGUUUAUAGCGCGGAGGACUUAGUGAAGGCCCUUAGGUCAGAAAUAGAUCCAUUAAAAGUAGCAGCAUGUAGAGUCAUUGAGAAUUCGCAGCCAAAGGGUUUAUUCGCGACCAGUAAUAUCAUCGAUAUUCUAUUGGAUAUUCUAUUUGAUGAGAAAGUGGAGAAUGAUAAGCUCAUUACAGCAAUCGAAAAAGCGUUGGAAAGGUUGAGUACAGAUGAAUUGAUUAGGCGUCGAUUAUUUGAUAAUAAUUUGCCAUACCUGGUGAGCGUAAAGGGUAGAAUGGAAACGGUUUCUUUUGUCAGAUUAAUUGACUUCUUGACUAUUGAGUUUCAAUUCAUCAGCGGUCCUGAGUUCAAGGAUAUCAUAUUUUGCUUUACUAAAGAAGAGAUACUGAAAUCCGUUGAAGAUAUCCUCGUUUUCAUCGAAUUGGUUAAUUAUUAUACUAAGUUUUUGCUGGAAAUACGAAAUCAAGAUAAAUACUGGGCUUUAAGACAUGUAAAAAAAAUACUGCCAGUAUUUGCUCAACUUUUUGAAGACACGGAGAACUAUCCUGAUGUCAGGGCCUUUUCUACAAAUUGUCUUUUACAGUUAUUCGCAGAGGUGUCACGAAUUGAGGAAGAUGAAUAUUCUUUAUUCAAGACUAUGGACAAAGAUUCUUUAAAAAUUGGGUCCGAAGCAAAAUUAAUAACCGAGUGGUUGGAAUUAAUUAAUCCGCAGUACUUGGUAAAAUAUCAUAAAGAUGUGGUCGAAAACUAUUUUCACGUCAGUGGCUACAGCAUUGGAAUGUUGAGAAAUCUUUCAGCAGAUGAAGAAUGUUUCAAUGCUAUAAGAAACAAGUUUAGUGCUGAGAUUGUCUUAAGACUACCGUACUUAGAACAAAUGCAAGUAGUAGAAACCUUGACGAGAUACGAAUACACUUCAAAAUUUCUGCUCAAUGAGAUGCCAAAGGUGAUGGGCAGCUUGAUAGGUGAUGGGAGCGCAGGUGCUAUUAUAGAUCUUGAGACUGUGCAUUAUAGGAAUUCUGCCUUGAGAAAUUUACUGGACAAAGGUGAAGAAAAGUUAAGUGUAUGGUAUGAACCUUUAUUGCGAGAAUACUCCAAAGCAGUUAACGGAAAAAAUUAUUCCACAGGCAGUGAAACUAAGAUUGCAGAUUGCAGAUGA